AUGUCGAACACAGUGUCGGCAACGGGCACCACGGGCACCGCGAGGAAUACCACCACUUCGACUGGCAUCCCCCAAACAGCAGCGGCAGGUGGUCUCUCCUUCACCCAACCACCCAACACCGCCGCUCCUUCAUUCUACAAGAUCGCGCCUAAUAAUAUCAUCACCAUCGGAUGGAACUUCACAUCUCUCUAUUCGACACCUACCCACCUCACGCUCUCCGCAUAUUGUCAGGCAAAUGGUAACACUUACCCUGUCGGACCAACAAACGGCGUCAUCGAUGGAACGGCUAAGAGUGUUACUUGGGACCCGUACGAGUAUAAUCAACAACCCGGUGUAACGCCUCUCGCUGAAGCCAGCUACACGCUUCGUAUUGUCGAUGAGCGCGGACCAAAUGUCGGCGCUGCGCCAGGUCUGUUCAGCCCAAAUUCGCAGAUGACAUUCGCGCUGUACAAACCGCAAUCGUACACCCCUCUCUCAGAUGGAUGGUCCUGCACGGCUUGUUCCGCCGGUGUGCUCGGAGUUGUGUCUCACCCCCUUUCGCUCGGCUUGAUCGUUACCACCGUCGUCAUGAUAGUCAGCGGCUGGCAUCUCUUGCGCAACGGUUUUGGGGGACAACGUCGGCCGUAGUUAGAUCUUUGCAGGAGCUGCUGGACAUUUGCUCUGCAUGACUUUUCUUGGACGUACUCUCACGGACUUCCUUCUACAUGGCAUGUACCCUAGUCACGCAUACAUAUACUCACUCGAACUGUUAUCGGAUUCUCAGAGCUUAU